AUGGCUGCUACGCUAUCGUUCCGCUGGCUAGAAAUCUUAGAAAAAGAGUUUGACAAGGCCUUUGUUGAUUUGGAUAUGCUUUUAGGAGAAAUCGACCCUGACCAAUGUGAGAUUACAUUUGAGGGACGUCAGAAAAUGACCUGCUUGAGUACUGCGUUCGCACAGCUUUGUCAUAAAGCACAAACGAUUUUUCAGAGCAAUGCAAAGCUAGAGGCUCAGCUCUUGGAUAUGAGGUCCGACAGAAUUGAGCUGCAGGCAGCCAAAGCUGUUGCUGAGCAGGAGCUGCACACACUCUUGCUUCAGCUGCAUUCAUCACAACUUGAAGUUCAUGAGCUGAGAGGACUGGAUGUUGAUUCUCAGGAAAUUAAAAAGAAAUUGGAAUCAGAACUUCUUAGCAGGCAAAAAACAGCUAUGGAAGUUGCCAGGCUUGAGGCUGAGGUGAAAAUGUAUGCCAGAGACAACCAUGAGUUAAGGCAGUACAUACUGGCACUACAGAGUGAGGUCUAUGGGGCCAGACUGGCUGCUAAGUACCUGGACAAGGAGCUGGCUGGCAG